AUGCGACUGACUCUUCUUCUGUUCCUGGUCGCGACUUUCGCCACGCCCGUCGUGCAGGGGGUAAACUUCCAUUUCUAGCCAACAAUAUCCGUUGUAUUCAGGACUUCAAUAGCAUGAUGGACGCUUUCCUACAACAGUUGAUUCAGUCGAUAUUAGAAGUAAUCUCCGCCCAAAUUUUAGGAACUAGCACAAAGGUGGAGAACGAAUAUUGAAGAAAUUGCAGUAAACACUAUUAUACAGGCUCCUUCAACGACUGUGACUAUUCGACCGUCAACUGCAGCGCCCACGGUUCCUCAACAAACGACGCUCUCGCAAACCCAAGCAGAGGAAGUUCGCACUUCAACAGUGGCGGUUCCCGAAGCCACAAUUAGAAAACGACAGUUGGCUUAGCUACGGGCGGCCCAGCUACCGGCGGUCUUGCUUCAGAAAGCGCAGCUACAGGGGGACCAGUUACAGAUGGUUCUGCUACGGGCGGUCCAACCACAAACGGGCCAACGACAAACAUCCCAGCAACAGGCGACUUGAGCACAAAUGGACCGAUCACAGGUGGUCCGGUUACAAAUAGUGAAAUGUCCACGGUGACCUCUUUGCCUUCUGCGUCCUCUAUCCCUUCAUCUGCUCCAUCAUUUGCUCCAACCGGUUCCGAGGGAGAAAUCACUUCUGAUUCCGUUACAACGGGAGCUUCCACACCUUUUACUCCUUGUGAAAAUUCUCCGCAGUCUGACGUCGUUACUGCAGCUUCAUCUGUUAUUGAAAUCUCCUCCACUACUUCUGGUAUUCCAACGGAAGCUUCUGCCACUUCUGCUCUUCCGAGCACAGUCAAAGAAUUGCCAACAUCAGCUCGAUUUGUAACUUCUGCGAUCAAGACGACAACUAAAAAGGUAAGGCCACUAAAAACCACGACGAGCAGGCGGCCGACUUUGCCGGCUGAAACUAAAAAAGCCGUCGCAACCACGAUUUCAUCCAUUCUGAGCACGAGCAGCGGCCAACGGUCCAAUGGAACAACAUCCUCGGUAAUGAAACAUCAGAAAAUGGUUCCAUACUCGAGAGAUUUCAGUCAGGUGCCCCAGCUCAAAAUGACAAUACAGUGGGAGUUACUGUCACUGUAGGUCUUGUCAGUUUUCCAGUUAAAAAAGUAUUUUUCAGGACCCAUUGGUAACGGAAAAGAUCCAGGUGAGGCCAAUGAUUGAAUUAUAUAUUAAAAUUACACCUUCCUAUUUCAGCAAUGCGACCCAGAAGGCGACGACGAAGUGACCACCCCGUCGGCCGGAACGAUCACGCUGUCGCAAAUGCUCGGAAUCGUGCUCAAAGCCUAAUUCUCACAUGUAAUUUGCUUCCCAUCUGUUCUUGCAAUAAAUAAAAAUUCACUGUUCGUUUUGCAGAUCGUGUUCAUGCACAUCUUAUGCACAUUCAAAACAGUGAGUGUACACAAUUUUGAAAGAUAACUUUCAGACUGAUUCGACUACUGCUUCUGGAGAUAUUACGUCGACUUCCCCCACUGUUAUUUCCACACUACUAGUUGAAACUUCGUCGACUCUUCAUACCACUGUGGCAAGUGAUGUGUGAACUUGCUUUUAAAGUUAUUCAUUUUAGACCACACCAACUCCGACAACUAUUCACACGACUUCGGUUGGCUUUUCCAGAAUAUAUAUAUUUAAAUUGAUACAAUUUUCAGACGUCUCCUUCUCUUGCUCCGUCGACUAUUCACACAACUCUGGUGAGCUAAAGUUAUUCCCAAACUUUCAAUUAUGCAGUUUUCCAGACGACAUCUUCAACUUCGACAUCAUUGGUCCGUAAUCUUAUUCUAAUGUAA